GGUACGGUGCGCAUGCGCGCCGAAAAUGAAUGUUGAAGUUGAAAGGCCGAGGUUUCGUUUCUGUCAUCUGCAGAGGUGCUCUGUUGCUCUGUGAUCAUCUAUGGUCUUUGAGUCUGUGGAGUACAUGCAUACUGUAUAUCAAUUCUGAAUCGCACGUGAGAUCUUUCAAUUUCAAGAAAAAAAAUGGCUUUACAUGUACCGAAGGCACCAGGCAUAGCCCAAAUGCUUAAAGAAGGAGCACGCUAUUUUUCAGGACUAGAAGAAGCUGUAUAUAGAAAUAUACAAGCUUGCCAGCUUUUUGCACAAACUGUAAGAACUGCGUAUGGACCAAAUGGCAUGAAUAAAAUGGUCAUUGAUCAUAUAGAGAAAUUAUUUGUUACUAAUGAUGCAGCAACAAUCAUUAGUGCAUUGGAGGUUGAACAUCCAGCAGCUAAAUUAUUAGUUUUGGCAUCGAAGAUGCAAGAAGCAGAAGUUGGCGAUGGUACAAAUUUUGUUAUAAUCUUUGCUGGAGCACUUCUUGAAGCUGCAGAAGAAUUACUUCGUUUGGGCAUCAAUAUAUCUGAAAUAGUCGAAGGGUACGAAGCAUCAUUGAAGAAAGCAUUGGACAUAUUACCAACAUUGGUUUGCCAUGAAAUACAAGAUUAUAGAGACAAGGAGAAAGUGAAAGUUGGAAUCAAGACAGCUAUUAUGAGCAAACAAUAUGGAAACGAAGAUGCGCUCGCUUCGCUUGUUACAAAAGCAUGUGUAUCUAUCUUACCAGAAAAAACUACUUUUAACGUAGAUAAUGUUCGCGUCUGUAAAAUACUUGGUAGUGGUCUAUCUAGUUCCGAAGUUGUUCAGGGAAUGAUAUUCAAACGACAAGUAGAAGGAAACGUUAUGAAAAAAGAUAAUGCUAAAAUUGCUGUUUAUACCUGUGCUGUGGAUGUUAUGCAAACUGAAACAAAAGGAACCGUAUUGAUAAAAUCGGCAGACGAAUUGAUGAAAUUUUCUCGAGGAGAGGAAUCUCUGCUAGAAAGUCAAAUAAAAGCAAUCGUCGACAGUGGAGCUACAGUGAUAGUGUCUGGAGGAAAAUUUGGUGACAUGGCUUUACACUAUAUGGAAGUAUAUAACUUAAUGGCUGUCCGUAUACCUAGCAAAUUUGAUCUUAGAAGAUUAUGUAAAAGUGUUGGGUCCACCGCACUUCCAAAAUUGGUUCCACCGUCGAAACAAGAGUUAGGAUUCGCUGAUUCCGUUUGCAUCGAUGAAAUAGGAGAUACCAUUGUAGUAAAAUUUAUGAUAAAUGGCAAGGAGAGUCGUAUUAGUACCGUGAUCAUUCGCGGAUCUACCGACAACUACAUGGAUGAUAUCGAGAGAGCGAUUGAUGAUGGAGUAAAUACAUUUAAGGGAAUAACGAGGGAUGGAAGAUUCCUUCCUGGUGCAGGAGCUACCGAGAUUGAACUAGCAUCGCAACUUGUCACCUACGCGGAUACUUUACCUGGUUUAGAACAAUACGCAGCACGUAGAUUUGCAACUGCUUUAGAAGUAUUCCCGAAAACCUUAGCAGAGAACAGCGGUAGUCAUGCUUCUGAAUUGUUGUCGAAACUUUACGCAGCGCAUAAAGAGGGCAAGAAAAAUUAUGGUUUCGAUAUUAACGAAAAGGGUACAGAACUUAUCGAUGCUGCGGAAGCUGAAAUUUUAGACCUAUUCUUAAUGAAACAAUGGGGUUUGAAAUACGCCGUUGAUGUUGCAUGUACUGUUCUCAAAGUAGAUCAGAUUAUAAUGGCAAAACGUGCUGGAGGUCCCAAAGUACCGGGUGGCGGUAUUCGCGACGACGACGAGUGAUAAUAUAUAUAAAAAUUCAAUUCUUAACCCUUCUGUUUAAACGUAUAACGUUGCAUUUCCAUUGGCUUUGAGUACGUUUUGCUUAAAUGUUAUGCGAGAAAAAUAUUUGUAAAAACGUUCAAUAUAGAGUAUACUACUCUACGUAAUAUUA